AUGUCCUUCCCUGACACAGAAGAUGCAUCCGCAAGUGCAGCGGCCGAGGCUGCGAUCAGUUCACCACAUUUGCUGAAUGCAUUGCGCAUGUUAGAAGAGUCCACUUGGGCUUUGGAUCCACAUCCUUCAGCUCCAACAGCAUCUUCCAUCCAGGCUUUGGGUUAUGACCUACCUUGGCAUCUUGUCGCUUUGUUCUGCCGAGUGCACUCCCUGCCACGAUCACUGACCUUACUCCACGAACUGGCGCGCAACAACGACUGGGUGAUGUUCCUGUACGAGAGUGACCUGCAGCAGUGCCCUGCAGAGACUGUGCUGGAUAUUGUAGGCGGCUACUUCACAGAAGUGCCGCUGCAGAACCACCUGCAGAUUCUGGCAAAUUCCAUUGCAGCACAGGAGCAAGGUCAGGGCAGAAGGGAAGAGAGAGGUCCUCGGAGCAGAGCAAAAGUGGAUGACCCAAGCGUCCCAGCUGAUGCCAUAGGCUUCUUGGAAAGGAGCCGGUUCUCGGGGACCUCAAUGGGUUUAGGGCUAUUGGGCCAUGCCCUGCUGCACAGAAAGGCCAGGCUUGCAGUGGUGGCUUCCGCUUUUGGCGAUGUCACCUUGCUACAGUGCAUGACUGUGUGGCUCACGGUGAAUGCGGAGCGACUUCAAGAAAACCAGGUGCCCGAGGCUGUGGGGCCGUUGCCAUCACCAGCAGCAAGUCCGGGUGAGGUGGCAGCGCAAAUUACAAACCUCUGUCGAAAGCGUCAUGCUUUCUCUCUGGUACUUCGUGCACUUCAGAUCUUCGAUCCGGACAACCCACUCAUUGACUUUGUCUGCUUCCAUCGCGCCUUUGUGCAGUGCCGAUUCAAGAGCUGCCGGGAGCAUCUGCGGCGCUUCGUUGGUCGCCGCCAGGAGUCUGGAACCUCGUGCGCUUUGGAUUUCUCGCCUCAUGUGGAGCGACUUAGCGAGGACAUGGUGUGGUACCUGCUGGAUGGCUUUGCAAGGUCCCGCAUGAUGCUUCUGUCGGUGCUGGACGAAGCUGGCUUCUCACCACGCUUCUCGCUUCUUUUCAGUGCAUACAGGCUGAUCCAGCAGACAGGGUUGGACGUGGAUUUCCGGGUGCCCAGUACGGAGCUUUUGCAGCUCCUGAUCUCAAAGAAAAUGUUCUCCGAAGCCAGGGACUGGGCUCGGCAGAGCGGAGUGGCUGGAGACACUGUUGUGUUCGAGGAAGUGACAGGUAUGAUCGUUGAGUUCAGACAGGGAGCGUGGUGGAAUGUUUUGGGGGAACGUGUUCAGCUUUGGCACAAAUGCUUUGGCGCCUUCAUGCGGCAAAGUCCUCCAAUGGGAUCGGCGAACUUCUUCCUCGACAUCUCCGCCAAGCUGGAGCCAGAUCUCUUCGCGCGGGAACAGCUGGUGCUUCUUUCAAUUGCCCGAGAGCUCUUGCUAAUCCAGCCUGCGCAGGCAGAGCUUGACAAAAGGCUAUUUCACAUGGUUUGGAGGUCAUCCUGUAUUUGCCGCACGAUACAAUGCUGCUGA